AUGCCGAGCUUCUAUGGGCGCUCGUCGUGCAAAAAAGCGCAGGAGGCUCUUGAAGGCUGCAACGGCGUGGACUUCUAUGGAUACACGAGUUGGCCCAACACCACUGGUGAGCAGGACGGCAUCGGAGUCAUCGAAGACGCCUCCGGCGAGACACCGGCUCUUAACGUCAUGUACUCGUCCGUGCCAGUGGCGUUCACUGUAGCGUCUAUCAUGUACGUAUUCGCGAUGUUGGCCACGUCCGAUUCUACAGUCACGGAGCAAUUCAAGAACAAGUUGAGUACCUUGCAGCUGCAUUCCAAGUAUUUCACACUCAGCAUUGUUGUUUUGAUGGUCGCACAUCUCGAGAAGAUGUUCAUCAAGAUUCCGCGCCCUGGCACGUCUUGCAUGCACACGUGCGGGACGCCCGAUGGCAUGGACGUUUGGGCCAUGGCGCUCUUCGUGAUCCGCAUGGUCGACUUGAUGUUUCGGUGGGCCUUGCCCUUUAUGAGCUUCAAGCACGACGACGGAGACUUGUCGCUGGAAGCACCGCUACUCCAGUCGACCAAGACCAAAUCCAAGCCGAUAUACACGGAGGCCGAAGCUGCCCGCCUGGGCUACUACCCCAUCACCGCCGGCCAGCUGCUGCUGAAGGGCGGUGCCACGCUGGCCCUUCUGAUCCCGGUUCCCUUCUCGCGCGUGGUGCUGGGGGACGAGACUUUCUUGCAGAUGCUGCUCGGCGUCGCUCAGGGCCUCGUCAUCGCGCUGCUGUGGCACGUGUGCUACGUGAGUAUGCUCACGUCUCCCGCCUGUGGCCCGUUCGUUUACCGGUCCUUUGCUACUUCGAUGGUUUUCUGCGGCAUGGUUCGGGAGCAAGUCAUGCGCGAUGGUUUCGUGAACAUCUCCAGUGCGUGCAGUGAAGCUUAUAACAAGGCUGGGCUCAUCGUCAGGGAGGACUUAAUGAAGACAGGAGAUUAUGAGAUUGCCAACCGCCUCAAACCAGCAAGUGGAUGCUCUAUUCGCAACGCUCGCGGUUUUGAAUUCUUGGCGAUCGAAACCUACAGGGAUCUCAAAGAUAUUCGGGAAGACGUGGCGGAAUUGAAGGGCUUGCAAAAGAGCCUUCAGGAUACGGUAAAGCAGCUUGAUGAGCAGCAAAAGAGACUCGAGUACCAGGUGAAGGGGCUGCACCCCGGGCUUCGGAGUAUCUGCGAACGUGACCUCACCGUGGACCUGUCGAAGCACGACGGUUGCGAGCAGAGCGUGCAGGUGCCGUGCAACAUCCCGGGAAUGGCCACCCUGAGCAUGGGCCUCGCGGUCAAGGGCGAGCCGACCGACGCCAUCAAGGAGAGGCCAAGGCACAGCAGGGCUCCGCCAGGGGCAAGGUCAAGUGGGACGCAGCCCAGAAGUACAUAG